AUGGAGGUCAACCCAGCAAGUUUAGGCUCGACUUCCCAGCCCGAUUCCAAUUCCCCUGAACUAGGCGCUGCUAACGAGAAACUUGACCCCUCCUCUGAGCAAGCACCAGUAGACCAAGAGAAUGGCCACGAAUCUACCUCGCAAGAAGAGAAUGGCCACGAAUCUACCUCGCAAGAAGAAAAUGGCGGUAGCGACAAGAACGAUGAGGAUGAUUACGAUCCUGAAGGAUUUCUAGAUGACGAAACCAAGAAGUCGCCCAAGGAUAUGUCUAAAGAAUUGUCUAAGGCUCCGCGGGAAGAUUCACCCCAGGAAAAUCAAUCAACCCAAUCGAUUAACCAUGAUAAUAGUAAUGACGAAGACGACUAUAAUCCCGAAGGAUCACAUGUUCAUGAUGAUAAUGAUGAUGAUGUUCAUGAUGAGGAGAAAGAUGAACCCACAAAGACCUCUAGUACCAUUGAUAGAAGUACAAGCCCAAGUGGUUUACCUCCUAAACCCCCUGUAAAUGCAUCCUCUCCCCCUAAUGAUCCUAUUGUAUCUGAUAGUAAUACUCAAUUGGAAAAUCCCCAAGGUCAAUUGAAAAAAGCUUAUGAAACUAUUAUGCAAAGUGAUCUAGUUAAAGAUCCAAACUUUAUUAAAUUAAGCCAAGAAGAUCAAAUGAAACUUAUAGUUGAGCAACUUAAUAAUCAAAAUGUAAAAUUGACUAAUCCCAAUGAUCCAAGUAAUCAAUAUCCAGGUAUGAAUUAUGAUCAAGUUUAUUCUUUUAAUAAACCUUGCAAAGUCUUGAAAAACCCCAUUCCUUUAAUCCCUGUCAAUAAAUAUUGUCGCAGACCUAAUAUUACUGCACCUAUGACCCCUGAAGAAGAUGCUGCUUAUGAUGAAUUUAUCAAAAGAGAAACUUAUUACAUGAGCUUGCCAAGUUGGGACGAUUUACCUGAUAAACUGAGAUUAUUUAUUGGGAAUCUUCCUGCUAAUACCAUUUCAAAACAAGAUUUAUUUAGAAUUUUCAGUCAAUACGGUGAAGUUGUUCAAAUUGCAAUUAAAGCUGGUUAUGGUUUUGCUCAAUUUAAAUCAAACGAAGCAUGUGCUGAAUGCAUUAAAGGUGAAACUGACGUGCCUCUUCAUAAUAAAAUAAUGCGCUUGGACUCUUCAAAACCUCAAAAGGCAAGAAAAUCAGCUAAUGACACUAAUCGUGGUAAAAGAAGUUUCGAAGAUAGAUUAGAAGAUAUUGAAUAUUCUCCAAAAAAAUCAAAAUUCGUUCCCGAUUGUCAAGUCUAUAUCACUGGUAAAUCGUCCAUUUUCUUUAUUAGAAAAGUUAAGAAAGCUUUUUCGAAUUCCCCAGUUUCAAUAAAUAUUCAAGAUAUAACUCAUCAAGAUUUAAGUUCAGUAAUUAGUGAGGCUGCUUAUUCCGGUGUCUUGGGUACUUGUGUGAUCAAAGAAAUGAAAGUUGAUGUUCAAACUUUCGAAAAAACCCCAGAUGGUGGUAUAAAAUUCGAUGAAUAUGCUGAUAUCGAACCUGAAGUUGCUGCUGAUAUAUUAAUGAAAUCGAAAAUGAAAGUCUCUGGUAAUAAUUCUUUUCAACCAGGAGCUUUCCCAUCGAACCAAACUUCAAAUGGAUUCGAACGUGGAGGUCGUGAUCGUGGUGGUCGUGAUCGUGAUCGUGAUCGUGAUCGUGGAGGUCGUGACCGUCGGGGAGGCCCUCGCGGAGGUCGUAAUUUCAACGAUCGUGGCGGUGGCCGUGGUGAUGGCUUUGGCGGUGGCCGCGGUGGAAGAGAUCAUCGUGGAAAUCAAUCAAAUCACCGUUGGCCAAAUGACGAAUGGAAUGCAAACUCUUAUCCAAGUAAUCAAUAUCAUCGAAAUACGGGACCAUCUCACUCAGGCCCUCCACCGCAACAAGUCUUUCAAAACAAUGCUCCAUACGGUGGAUCGGGUUACCCAAAUGCCCAACAAUCAUAUGGACAGGGAUAUCCUCAACCACCCCCACCUGGUCAAGCUCCUUUGGAUUCAGGAUUGGUUCAAACCUUACAAAAUAUGGACCCAGCAUCAAUGCAAAAUAUGAUUUCACUUUUGCAGCAGCUGCAACAACAACAACAACAUAACCAACAGUAUUCUCAAUCGUAUGGUAAUGGCUAUAACCAACCAUAUAAUCAAGGUCCACCUCCUCCUUCGAUUCCACAAGGGCAGUCACCUAGCAAUCAAGUAAAUAACUUGUUGUCACAAUUACAAUCAUCACAAGCCAAUGCUUCUUAUAACCACACUAUGGCUCCAGGGUUUACACCGCCACAGCAACAGCAGCAACCUCAGAAUAGCACCCAAUCAUUGAUGGAGACCUUGGCAAGGUUAAGUAAGAAUUGAAUUUCACUGAGUAGUUUACA